UGGAGCUUUUAGUUUCUGCUGUAAUUUUUUUCUCGUAAUAUUUUAAUUUCCAGAGUUUGAUUUUGAAUUUUUAAAGUCACUUUAUACAGUAUUUAUAUUUGCUGGACUAUAAACCUGCUGGUGCUUUGGACUGCUUUUAGUCACAUUAUGAUUUUGUUUUUUGGAGAAUUGCUUAUGACCAGUGAGGUGUGUUACUCACAUAUUUUACACACAGUUUUGCUGUUUGUAGGUGCACGUUGUAGAUUUAUGCACUUUUAAGUUUACUUUUCUUUUUGCGCCACAUUUUGAGAAAUAUUUCACAUUAUUUUAUAAGUGGAAAUGUUUUUCUCCAGUUUUUAUAACGCAUGGGUGACUGAUGCUGAACCAACCCUUGUCUGUCACUCAGGAAACAUGUUUUGAGACAUCCAUCCUCACACUUUGUCCUGACACCUGUGAGGAGGACGCACCGAAGACUUUGUCACUUAAGACCCUUUAAGUGACUGUUCCAGUCAUUGCAUGACUGCACAAUCCUGACGCAUCUGCAGAAGACACGACUGCGGCAAUGGAGAGUAUUUCUAAUGAUAGUGACUUCUGGCAAUUUAACGAAUCCUGGAGGAACUCAAGUCUCGGUAACGGGACCAAUUGGUUGAACCAGACGAACCCUCUUAAACGGAAUGAAGAGGUGGCGAAGGUGGAGGUGACUGUGCUCGCCCUGGUGCUGUUUCUGGCGCUGGCGGGGAACCUGUGCGUCCUGCUGGCCAUCCACACCACCAAGCACAGCCAGUCGCGCAUGUAUUACUUCAUGAAGCACCUGAGCAUCGCUGAUCUAGUUGUUGCGAUUUUUCAAGUUCUCCCUCAACUUAUCUGGGACAUUACAUUUCGCUUCUAUGGACCCGACAUUUUGUGCAGGUUGGUGAAAUACCUACAGGUCGUUGGGAUGUUCGCCUCCACUUACAUGUUAGUUUUAAUGUCAGUGGACAGGUGUUUGGCAAUUUGUCAGCCUCUUCGUUCUUUGCACAGGAGAAAAGACCGUUACUAUGUCAUCUUCUCCUGGGUCCUGAGCCUGCUCUUCAGCAUCCCGCAGAUGUUCAUUUUCUCCCUGAUCGAGGUUGGCUCGGCCGGAUCAGGAGUGUAUGACUGUUGGGGAGAUUUCGUGAAGCCUUGGGGAGCCAAAGCAUACAUCACAUGGAUCAGUCUCACCAUAUACAUCAUUCCAGUGGCGAUACUGAGCAUUUGCUACGGGCUGAUAAGCUUCAAAAUAUGGCAAAACUUUAAACUGAAAACCAGGCGGGAGCAGUGUAUAAGCCUGACGCCCAAAGCCUCCAAAUGCAACACACUGGCCCGCGUGAGCAGCGUGAAGCUCAUCUCCAAGGCGAAGAUAACCACAGUGAAAAUGACUUUUGUGAUCGUCUUGGCUUAUAUCGUCUGUUGGACACCCUUUUUCUCUGUUCAGAUGUGGUCUGCGUGGGAUCCAGCAGCGCCCCGUGAGGCCAUGCCCUUCAUCAUCUCCAUGCUGCUGGCCAGCCUCAACAGCUGCUGCAACCCCUGGAUCUACAUGUGCUUCGCCGGGCAUCUGUUCCAGGAUCUUAGGCAGAACUUUCUGUGCUGUUCCACUCGCUACCUCAAGUCAUCCCAGUGCCGCUGUGAGCGUGACUUUGACUCCAGUCACAAGAGCAACUCCUCAACCUUUGCCAUCAAAAGCACGAGCAGCCAGAGGAGCAUUACACAGACUUCCACCACAUAAGCACCUAGCUUCCUUCCCUUCUCUUUCUCCAACCCCCCACCAUCCCCGCCUUCCCCCACAUGCCAUCGCCCAUAAAAAAA